AUGAUCAGGAUCAUGCGCAAGGUGUCGCUAAAAACAGUCUUCGUGACUUUAUUGGCCUUCUGUCUGCUGGGAAUAUUCAUCAAUUACUUUGCAGCCAUCAGUUCAGUUAUACCCUGGCUUAUCGACCUUACACACACAGAACACAACAAUCUUAAACUAAUUUUGCUAUCCAACAACGGCAACGCCACGGAAAAAGAAUCAGCAAUGAAUCGUGAAAAUGGUGAAUCACUUGUUAUUUCUGUGAAGAAGAAUUCCACAAUUUCAAAAUUUAACAGCAACGUCAAAAGUGACACCCUAGACGUUUUAACCUCUACAACAACGAUGACCUUUAACACCUUCCUAGUUGUGCAGUGCAAGGAGUCGCCAUUCAUAGAAUGUGUUCCUCAAACGAUAACGCCUUUAUCAAAGAAGGUGUUCAAUAUUGUUUAUUUAAAACCCCCAGAAUACCUGACACCAGAGGAUUACAAGCUAAAAUCGUGUCACAUAAACACAGACCAGUGUAGGAUGUCAGGUGGACCAGUUACAUCUGAGACAGACGUAGUACUCAUUUAUGGAAUAUAUCUCCGAGAUAACUUCAAGCCACCGAAGAGAUGGCCAAAUCAGACCUACAUCCUUACUAUCUGGGAACCACCGAUGCACAUAAACUCGGAUUUUUUAAACA